CCCACUCAUAUCACCGCCAGCAUAGCAAUCUCCUCUAUACUGGCAACCUCGAGCUGUGGUCUAGAUCAAACAAGCUAGACUUGAAAUUAGUACCCUAAAACCGUCAUUAUGAGGGCCCCUAGUUGCGUGGCAUCCCAGGAUCUGAUGACGACCUGACGGUACAGACAUUCCAUUCCUCAGAAUAUCAUUGAUAACAUGACCAAGUACAGCAGCGUGAGCUGGACCGUCACAUCCCCUCGUGCUGCCAGCCGAAGCCUCGUCCCAUCGGGCCGGUCUGUCGUCGCGACGGGGCAUCAAGAGAUCUGGAGAUGCCCGGCCCGAUCGCUACGGCGGCUAAGGAUGUGACUCUAUUCUGGCGCUAUACAAACCUUAUAUAUAAGAGUCGUCUGCGCACCUGGUAAAUUUGUACAAAAGUGCAUAACUAGGUAGUCAACCUCUCAGUGUAACUUUACACCUAUUGAGGCACGCAGUAGACCAGCGGAUUGCUAUCUGCUUGACAUGACACCAGGCGGUUGGAUUGGUCUCAGCGAGGCGGCAUGAUGUUAGAUCAAGGUCAGUGUGGUCUGGCAGUUUGCAAUGUUGUCGACGCACCAGCAAUGUGCAUGUGCAGAGGUAGUUCUACAUACGUCAAGACCUGCUGCUCGUCAUACUCUAGCAGCCGGCAAGUCCUUGAGAUAAUCAGUGACUCGAUACCAGAGUCCCAUCGGCGGCACUACGAUAAUCCCCAGGGCCACUUUGGCUUUGCCCAGGGUGGAGGGCAACCCCCACUUGGUGACGGCGGGGCGGGAGCGCGAUAGCCAACAAUCCCGUCUUUGCCCAGGACAAGCCAUUGGGACGUCACGUCUUCCUUUCUUGUUCCAAAGCUCUGUCGUGUUUGUUUGAUAACUACCUGGGCACCCUCCGCUCGCUCAAUUGGCCCCUCACUGCCGCAUCGUUCCUUCCGCUAGGUUGCCGCGCGGACUGGAGAUACUGCACGUGGCUGUUUGACUGCCGACAACGGAGCGUCGCGCCAUCCCGCCCUGUACUGCCAGUCCUCCCCUCGUCGCGAACCAGCGUCCUUGCUCUUGACCUGACGUCCAGCCAGUCUGCCCCUCUCGUACGCUGCAGCCGCCUGGGAACCCCGUCACCAGCAUCAUGGACAAGAUCACCGACAAGAUCGCGGCUCUGCCGCCCGAUGCCAACUACUUCUCCCUCGAGUUCUUCCCUCCCAAGACCCAGAUGGGCUUUGCCAACCUGCGAUCUCGUCUGGAGCGCAUGGCCCGAGCCCUGAAGCCGACAUUCGUCAACGUCACCUGGGGCGCUGGUGGCUCGACCGCCCAGAAGUCCAUGGAACUUGCAGAGAUUUGCCAGCGCGAGCUGGGCCUGACAACGUGUCUGCACCUGACGUGUACCAACAUGAGCCGCCGGCUGAUCGACAAGGCGCUGGAGGAUGCAAAGGUAUUGGGCAUACGGAACAUACUGGCCUUGAGAGGCGACCCUCCGCGCAAGGAGGAGUACCGGGACGAGAACGAAGAUGACGACGAGGGCGAGGACGAGUUCACAUGGGCGGUGGAUCUGGUGCGCUAUAUCCGGAAGAAUCAUGGCGACCAUUUCUGCAUCGGUGUCGCGGCCUACCCCGAGGGCCAUGCCGACGAGAGCCACCCUCUGGGCCAGAGCAUGGAGCACGACUUGCCGUCGCUGGUAGAGAAGGUCCAAGCCGGUGCAGAUUUCGUCAUGACCCAGCUCUUCUUUGACAUCAAGGCAUACGACAAGUUUGAGACAACGCUGCGGGAGCACCCGAGCGGUGCUUUUAAGGACAUCAUCAUCAUCCCGGGCCUCAUGCCCAUACAGAAUUAUCAGAUGAUCAAGAGGACGACAAAGCUGAGCCAUGCCAGGAUACCUGACGACCUGAUGGCGCGCCUGGACGAAGUUAAGAAGGACGAUGAGCAGGUGAAGCAAGUUGGUGUCGACAUCCUUAGUGAGCUUGUGGAGCAGAUCAGGGAGAUCAAGAGCAGGACACCGGGACCAAAGGGUUUCCACUUCUACACCCUCAACCUGGAAAAGGCUGUGUCUUUCAUCCUGGAGAGGACGGACUUGAUACCACCCGAGACCCCUACUGAGGAAGCCGUGAUAGACGAUCUCAUACCGCUGGUGCCCAAAAUUGAGGUCAAUGGCUCGGGAUCCAACAAUUCCUCACAGCAACAUCUCGCCAUCGGCUACUCCUCACGCCGUCAGUCCAACGUCUCAUCCGAACCGCGCAAUCGCGUGAUCAUGUCCGGCGAGAACCGCAACCCUUCAAACCCGGAGUACGAGGCAACGCAGCUGGAAGCAUCUCGGCCCUUUGACCCCGUCCAUAGCCGUGUUAACACCCUGGCCAUUUCGGAAGGCGAAGGGAUUCUUGGACGCGAGGCAACCUGGGAUGACUUCCCGAACGGACGUUGGGGUGACGCUCGCUCGCCCGCGUACGGUGAGAUCGAUGGAUAUGGCGUGAGCCUUCACAUGUCCUUUACCCAGGCGCAGCGGCUGUGGGGGGCUCCCAAGGCGGUGGAAGACAUCAACACCUUGUUCAUCCGCCACCUGAGGGGUGAGUUAUCAGCAAUUCCCUGGAGCGAGGAGGAGUUCAACGCCGAGACCGGAACGAUCAAGGAGCGUCUCAUCGAGCUUAACACGCGCGGCUGGUGGACGGUGGCAUCGCAGCCUGCUGUAAAUGGACUGCGCUCUUCGGAUCCGACCUUCGGAUGGGGCCCGGCCAACGGAUUUGUCUUCCAGAAGGCGUUCGUCGAGUUCUUCUGCCCCGCUGACGACUGGAAGAGGCUGCACGAGAAGCUGUCAAAGCCCGAGAUGAAGAACAGCAUCUGGUUCUACGCAGCGAACGCGGCUGGUGACUUCUUGUCAUCCGACUUCAGUGGUGGGCUGGAUCUUGAGGUGAAAGAGGCGGGCACCAACGCAGUGACCUGGGGUGUCUUCCCGGGCAAGGAGAUCAUCACGCCUACGAUCAUCGAAGAGGUCAGUUUCCGAGCAUGGGCCGAAGAGGCGUUCGGAAUCUGGGGCGAGUGGGCGCAGGUCUACGGCAAGGGCUCAGAGAGCUCAAAGUUUUUGGAGGAGAUGAAGAACGACCUGUGGUUGGUGAACAUCAUUCACCACGAGUACAUCGAGAAGGAUGCGCUGUGGGAUCUCUUGGCGAGUUCAUAA